UUUUGGAGUUGGCUGCCGGCUGGAGGUGCUGCGCGGCGGGGGAGGAGGUAGGGCAUACGGACGGACAGAGGGACAGACGGUCGAACCCCUGCGGGCCGGGCGCGCACCGGGGACCGAGUCGAGCGCCCUGGGACGGCGUCCGCCGGAGCCACCGCUCCACGGGGUCCCGGGACGCAGUCGGGGUCAGCUGCGGGCUCGGGAUGCUGAGGAGUUAGGCAAACAGCAGAGGCCGCGGAUCGAGUGUGCCGGGGUCACCCUCUGCUCCCCGGGUGGCCACGGGCCGGGCCUUGGGGGACCCACGGAGCCACCGCUGGCCGGGGUCGUGGACUUGGCGGCCUGUUGUGCAAACCUCGGCCCUUGUUUUCCCGGCCCAGCUCUUUGGGAGGCCGGACACAUCCACCCUUGGAAUUGAUUCAGGAGAGUACUGCUUUUCUCCUUGCUCCUCUUGGAUUUUCUGGAUUUUUGAAAACCCAGUGGCCCAAGAGGAGGAGGAGAAGGAGGAGGAAGGGCCGAUCUGAGGAAUGCGAGAGCCUCCCCCAGCCGGAGCCGCCAGCAGCAGCGGGGAGCCAGCGGGAAGAAGGGCCCUGCCUGUGUUUCUGGGACGGCGGUUUGUUCUGAGGGAGCCUCUUCAGCCUUAGAACAUUGUUCCAGUGGAAAGUGUUGAAUUCUUGCUGUCGCAGAGCUGGUUUCUCCGGGUCACUUGACUUUCCCACUGGGAGUGGGGGGAGGGAGAGACUCCCCCUCCCCAAGGGCUGCAGAGGAGGGAAGGAAGACCAUGGACCGAGCCCUGCCUGCCCUGCCCACAGGCAAUGCUGAGACCCGAUGGGUCAGUUCCUGGGCCACCGACACUGUUCUGAAGAAGGGGAAGCUGGACAGAGUCUUUGGGUGCUGAGACACGGCCCCAGGGGCCCUGAGACAGCACUGAGCAACAGGCUUUGAGCUGCCGGUGCGUUUUGGUCUCCUUGGUCUAGGGCAGGACCCUCUCCUCCCCAUCUCUGUCCACCAGCAGCACCACCAUGGCACUGAAAGGCCGAGCCCUCUACGACUUUCGCAGUGAGACCGAGGGGGAAAUCAGCAUCCAGCAGGACGAGGACCUGGUAGUCUUCAGUGAGACCUCCCUGGACGGCUGGCUGCAGGGGCAGAACAGCCGUGGGGAGAUGGGGCUCUUCCCUGCCUCCUAUGUGGAGAUCAUCCGUCCCGGCAUUGGUACCAACCAUGCUGACUACUCUGGCUGUCCUGCAGCCUCUCUGGGCAACCAGGUGAGUGCCUACGACAGCGCUAGCCCGGCCAGGAGCAGUGGUGGCAGUGGCUUCCUCUCGAACCCGGGCAGCUUCGAGGAUGAUGAUGACGACGACUGGGAUGACUGGGAUGAUGGGUGUACGGUGGUAGAAGAGCCUCGGGCUGCUGGGCUAGGUACCAAUGGGCACCCCCCACUCAACCUUUCCUACCCGGGUGCCUACCCCAGCCAGCACAUGGCUUUCCGGCCCAAGCCGCCGCUGGAACGGCAAGACAGCCUGGCAUCUGCCAAGCGGGGCAGCAUGGUGGGGCGCAACCUCAACCGCUUCUCCUGCUUCGUGCGCUCUGGCGUGGAGGCCUUCAUCCUUGGAGAUGUGCCUAUGAUGGCCAAGAUCGCUGAGACCUACUCCAUUGAAAUGGGGCCCCGUGGCCCCCAGUGGAAGGCAGACCCCCACCCCUUUGCCUGCUCUGUGGAGGACCCCACCAAACAGACCAAGUUCAAAGGCAUCAAAAGCUACAUCUCCUAUAAACUCACUCCCACCCACUCGGGCUCACCUGUUUACCGGCGCUACAAACACUUUGACUGGCUCUACAACCGCCUGCUACACAAGUUCACGGUUAUCUCAGUCCCCCACCUGCCUGAGAAACAGGCCACCGGCCGCUUCGAGGAGGACUUCAUUGAGAAGCGCAAGCGGCGACUCAUUCUCUGGAUGGACCACAUGACCAGCCACCCCGUGCUCUCGCAGUACGAGGGCUUCCAGCAUUUCCUCAGCUGCCUGGACGACAAGCAGUGGAAGAUGGGUAAGCGCCGUGCAGAGAAGGAUGAGAUGGUGGGCGCCAGCUUCCUGCUUACCUUGCAGAUCCCCACGGAGCACCAGGACCUGCAGGAUGUAGAGGACCGUGUGGACACCUUCAAGGCCUUCAGCAAGAAGAUGGAUGACAGCGUCCUGCAGCUCACCACCGUGGCAUCAGAGCUCGUUCGUAAGCAUGCGGGUGGCUUCCGCAAGGACUUCCAGAAGCUGGGCAGCGCCUUCCAGGCCAUCAGCCAGGCCUUCCAGAUGGAUCCCCCUUUCAGCUCCGAGGCUCUCAACAGCGCCAUCUCACACACCGGUCGGACCUAUGAGGCCGUGGGUGAGAUGUUUGCGGAGCAGCCCAAGAACGACCUCUUCCACAUGCUGGACAUGCUGUCCCUCUACCAGGGCCUGCUGUCCAACUUCCCUGACAUCAUUCACCUGCAGAAAGGCGCCUUCGCCAAGGUGAAAGAGAGCCAGCGCAUGAGUGACGAGGGCCGGAUGGUGCAGGAUGAGGCGGACGGCAUCCGCAGGCGCUGCCGCGUGGUGGGCUUCGCCCUACAGGCCGAGAUGAACCACUUCCACCAACGCCGCGAGCUCGACUUCCAGCACAUGAUGCAGAGCUACCUGCGCCAGCAGAUCCUCUUUUACCAGCGCGUGGCCCAGCAGUUGGAGAAGGCCCUGCGCAUGUAUGACCACCUCUGACUGCCCAGCCCCUGCCUUGGCCUGGUCACAGCGGGGCGGGGCUUGGGAGGGUGAGGCGGUGGGAGAAGGGGCUUUGGAGCUGUCCCGGCCAACCUGCUUCAGAGACAGAGCAAGGCAGGGCCAGGCCGCCCUCACCACCCCUGUUCAUCAGUGUCAUUGUGGUCCUGGGCCAGUUGCUGUGUACCCAGGCUGGUGCCUGUCCCAGGGGAGCACCGAUCCAAGGCAGGGGUCAGACACAGCAUCAGGCAAGGGCAAUGCGGUGUGAUGGUGGCUGAGUAAGGGGUUCCUGGAAGCUCCCAGAUGGGCCCACGCAACCUGUGGCCAGAGUAGGCAACGUUGCCGCAGAAUGUCUGGAUGAGAUGAGUGACGAGGACCUGCCAGGCAGUAAAUGGGAAGGACUUUUGGGGAGAGGAUUUAUGUGGGGGUCUUCUCUCCCUUACCUUUCCCAAGCACAUUCAGUGUCCCCUCCAGGGGGUCUCUGGCAUGGUGGCAGAGGGAAGGGAUGGUCUUCGCUCCCUGUCCUGGCUCUCCCUGCCCCACCCCAUCCCCUGCAGGAGGGGCUGCAGGCCAACUCCUUCCUGCGGGCCUCUGCUUCCCCUGUCCUGCUAUGCCCCCACAUUCCCUUGCUUGGGGGCCAGGCAGCACCCUUUCCCCUGGGCUCAGGGUGCAGGACAAGCCACGGACCAUAGGCUCUGGUGGCGCUUUCCUGGAGGGGACAUCCUCAAGUUAUGGGACAUUUGAGUUCCCCAGUGGUAAGUGCCUUGCUCCAAGCCAGCCCAGACUCCAGCUCCCAGGGGCCUUGGCUGGGGAGGUGUCGUCUUCCGGAAUCCUUCCUGUCGCACUGUGGGAACCCAGGGGAGAGCCAGGGAUUCCAGUUCCCAGCCCUUUGAAGCUCCUGGUCACCUCUGCUGUCUCCAGCCUAUGUUUACAUCCUCUGGGGGCUGCCACCGCCUCCUCCAGGCCAGGACAUGGCUGAGCAGCAGCUAGGGGGACAGUGACCUUUUCACCUCUGCCUCGAGGAGGUCUUGGUCUGCUUGUAGCUGCUGCUGCUUGAAUUUUCUCUCCCUUUUUUCCCCCAUAAACCUUCUACUAUUAAGAUGACAAGAGCACAACUCUUUCUGUGUGGAUCCUGGGAGGGCUGAGGACGGGGAAGGCUGGACCCUGAAUUGCCCCUGGAAGCCACUGGAUGAGAUUUGACAAUCAUGGUGGGUGGUUUUGACCAUAGACCCUCAACAGGUCGGGGAUAAGGAGCUGCUGGAGCAGCUAGAGGUGGUCCAGACUCUGGGUGGGCUGCACCGCGGGUCAGACCUUGCUGUCCCUGGCUGUAAGGGCUGUAGGAUGGGGGUCGAUCCAUGUGGGGUUUGGCUGUGCUGUUCCCCGUGCCCUGAGGGUUGUGGGAGGGAGGAGUUGGAGGCUACGCCCAGGAUACUCCCAGGUGCUUUCCAUCCCACUGGAGCCACGUCCAGGCCUUGUCCUUGGAAAGCCCCAGUCCAGGGAGGGGUGGGGACACCCAGAAACCAUGUCCCUCCCCCUUCAUCCCUGGGUUCCUUGCUCUGUGGUGGCUCCUUGCUGGAAGCUGGAGGCCCCCCAGCUGGGUCCUUGCGGGUGCGCGGUGAUUGGAGUUGUGCCUCCGCCACUGCAGAGUUGAACAAGGUUGACACAGUUGUCUUCCGGUGGCCAGGGGAUUGGAUAGGAGCCUCGUGGUGUCAGGGCUGCCAGGGAGGCCUUGCCAGGCCAGCUCAUGACAAGAGAUGGGCACAGGCCCUGCUGUUGAGGGCAGAGCGUCCUCGCAGGAACUUCUGGAAUGAGUCCUCUGGCCCUGGGUCAAUAUUAGGUCAGAUCUGGGACUUUCUGAGGAAUUUUCCCCUCCCCUAGCCUCCCUCCUUCAUUGUUUGGCCCAUCAGAGGACUUAAUGUCUGCCCUAACUCUGCUCAGCUGUGAAUCCCUGCAUCCUCUGCAGAGGGGCUCUGAGUGUGGCAGGGACAGGGUCUCUUUUCUGAGGUCCCUUGUUAAUGCCAUCUGCUCUGGGGAGCUGUCACCCUCUCACGCUGAGAGGGGCCACCUCCUGUGCCUGCUGUCCUGAGGGUCAGCACUUGGGAAGUGCUUGGACUUUUGAGAAAAAGCAGGAAGGGAUGGGCCAGGAAUCCUGAGGUCCCUGGGUGGGGAAAGGUGUGUGGGGUGAGGAGUGGGGCAUCAUGGCCCCUCUCUUUGGCUUCUUUUUAUCUGUGUGGGUUGGGGUAUUGGAGAAUCUGGGAUUGUUCUAGGCUGGCCAGAACACCUCUCAGCAGGAGACUGGGGGAUCAGUGGCAGAGGAGGGGACACUGAUAGUGGCGGGGCUUGCUGGCCUCAGUUACAUGCCAGCAGAUGUUCCAGGAUGAGCUGGGUCCAGCUGCCUGCAGUUUCCUCCUUUGCUUUGCUCUGGGUGGGGUAGAAGACAAGGCCUCUUUUUCUGUCCUUGGUGGCCAUCAGUACCAGUGUGGGGAUGGAGGACUGCUGAUCCCCAGCCCUGGUCUGGCCUGGAAAACAGAGCCUACUAUGUGGCCUCCUGUGGGCUGAGGAUGAAGUAGACUCUGGGUCCUGUGUCCCACUGCCCUGGACACAGGAGAGCUGGGAGUCUCGAGCCAUGGCUGCAGCACCGGCUGGAGCAGACCCAGGCCUGGGAGGCUGGGAUGGUCCUGGCAGCACUGUGACAGAGCCACAUGGUCAUCCACACAUCCAUGCAGAGACAUAGUCCAAAGCCACAGAAUCACACACAGUCCUGCUGCUUGCCCACUGGCCAAAGCUGGCCAUGCGCACAUGCACACUCGUGCUCGUAGUCACACCCAGCCACACUACCACACAGGCAUAGCCACAACCACACAUGCGCUACUGUCACUCAUAACGUCUGGCUCAGCCACUUUGCCAUGCACUCAGCCAUACACCAGUCACGUAUAUACACAGUGCAGGUAUCACAUAAGCAUGGCUACUGUUAGGCUGCGCCUGUGCCAUCUCCCAGGUCUCUAGUCCAUCAGAGAUUCCACAGGACUCUGAGGGACAAGCAGCCCACAGGGGGCAAGUGUCCCGAAGUGGAGGACCGUAAGCCACAACAGCCCUGGAGCACACGCCUUGAGAGGCCUGGUGCUGGGUGAAUGGACCACACCAAGUCACAGAUAGCAGCCCUGAGGCCUAGUGAUCUGGGAGGGAGGGCACCACCUCCCUAGAAGGUGGGGGAGACUCUAGGGCCAGAUCCAGCUCGGUGUGGGCUCUGUGGUCUGGCCCUGCCUGCCCUGGGCCCAUCCCCAGGGCCAGGCUGCUCUGAAGCCACUGGCUGCGCCCACCUCACAGAGCUCCAGGCGUCACCAUCUCUCUAGCCCCAGCUGAGCUGCAGUGUGUCUGCAGGGCAGGAACAGGACAUGGUGGGCGGGCCCAAGACGGGCGGGAGGGACAUUCCUGUGUCAUGUCCUCCCAAGCCUGUGAGGACUAGGCCUGCCCUACUGCUGGCUGAGUCAGGCCUCUGGGAGCUAAGUCUAUACACCCCCACUUACCCUAACCUGCUCCCCACCAGGCGACCCAGUGCCUCUGUGCUAGCCAGGAGAUAGCAAUGGCAGGAAGAUCUGGGACAAGUGGAAAUUCACCUCCCCCAGUGCGGCUUGGAGCUCUGAGGGGCUGAUUGGGAAACCCAGCCCCGCCGCAGUGAGCACAACUCUUUUUCUUUUGGUUUGGUUUCAGUAGCCAACUCCAGCACAGUCCAGUUUGUUUAAAAAGCAGUUCCUCGCAUAUCUGUGGCUUCCUUGGUUUGCGUGCCAGUCUAGGUGACAUCUCAAUUCCAUUUCACAGACAAGAGAGACAGAGGCUUGGCCAGGGAGGAUGGGACCUGCCUACGAUCCCACAGCAAGGCUGGCAGGGGCUACACUGGAACCCAGCUCUCUGGCUUCAUUCCAGAAUUUAAACUGAUGAAGUCACUUAGGUCUAAGGGAAGAGGGGAUGGCAGGUCUCUGCUUUAGAGAGGAAAGAAUGGCAGGCUGGUGAGCCAGCUGCUGAAAGCAGAGGGGGCUUGAGAUGCCUGAGGGUGGGGCAAGUCCUGGCAGUCUCUCGGGGACAAAGUCUGAAGGCAGCACAGCACGUGAUAUCCACAGUGAGUCUGGCUCCGUUUGCAAAACAAUAUUCGUGAGGAGCCUAAGUUCAUUUUCCCAGUCCUCCCUGGAUUUCUUUCCAUUCACUACAUAGCAAGUCCUUGGUAUGAUGCAGGAGCCCUGCCCUUACCAGGCUUCUGUAUGAGCUCUGGGGAUAGCACGUUUGAAGAUGUUGGGCAGGACCCCAGCACUUUUGUUCACUGAUUCGCUUAAGACAGUAGGGAGUCCAGGCCAGCCUUGAACUCACGGGUAGCCCAGACUGCCCUCGAACUCUCCGUCCUCUUGCUUCAGCCUCCAGAGUGCUGGAUUUACAAGUGUGCACCACCACACUGGCAGAGGUUUAUACACGGAAGCCCACAUAUUCAAAUUUAACUGUACACUACAUUAAAGAGUUUGGUUUACUACUUGAAAAGAUCUUGUCAUGUAAAUAUUUAAUUAAAAUUUAUCAUUUUUGGUGUU